AUGGUCCCUGAAAAGUCGACGUUAGAGACGUCCCCGCCUGAAAAACUCUCUGGUUUCGAGUGGUGGAGACGCUCCUUGCUGUACAGGUUGAACUUGGGUAUCUCUGAAAGCGAAAGAGCCCAGUUUGAACAUGACUAUAGACACAAGCUCGUGGAAAAGAACUGCGGACAAUGUGACGAGUUCAGAGACUGGAUGAUUGAUUAUUCGCCAAGUGUUAGAUUCAUGAUGGAGCAUGUGAACAAGCUCGGUGGAAACUUGACUAAGAAUAACAUCAUCUGUGAUAAAUGUGAUGAUUUGAAAGGUGGUGGUUUCCACCCCAAGUACGGUAUUUUGUUGUGCUCAAACUGGAUCCAAGAUAAAUGGCAGCUUGAAGAUAUUUUGACCCAUGAGCUUGUACACGCUUAUGACCAUUUGAAAUUCAAGGUUGAUCUUACCAACUUGAAGCAUCACGCUUGUACAGAGAUUCGUGCAUCGAUGCUCAGUGGAGAAUGCCGAAUGAUGAGAGAGAUCCGCAAGACUGGUUUCGGCGGCUUUGGCGGCAAGUUCCAGGAUUGCAUAAGAAGAAGAGCCGUGAUCUCUGUGGCAGCCAACCCACACUGCAAGGACGAAGCUACAGCUCAGGAAGUGGUUGACACUGUGUGGAAGUCUUGCUUCAAUGACACCAGACCAUUCGAAAGAGUCUAUCGUUAA